AUGUCUGCCGCCACUUUGCCGUUAGAGGACCUCGAGCUUGCGCUAGAGCUGCAACGCGAGGACCUAGAGGGGCUCAAGAAGGCAGGAAAGGGAAAGGGUCGUGAGGGGGAGACGGACGAUUUCAACCUCGCCAUUCAGCUGUACGAGGCUGAGCUAGCGUCAUGCAUAUUAGUUACAUCUGACUAUUCCAUGUGCAGGAGCAUCGCCCGAGCCGUCAGGCUAGAUGCCGACCUGAUUGGUCCCAUCUUGCUGGAAGAGGAGCAAGCGGCUCUGGACCGAGAAUUCGCCCGCACGUUGAGCCCAGAGGGCAUGCCGACAACGCCUGGCGGGCGCGCUUCGAUCGUGUCAGCCUUGGAUGAGCAGCUUCUGGCCAAACUCGAGGCUCUAUACGUGUCUACCGAGGAACACCCGGCGGAGUCUUCUAUAUGGGCCGCCAGCCGUCCGGUUCCAUGGACAGGAGGAGGCGAAGGCGAGCAACCGAAGAUUGAGUGCAUAGGCUGCGGUGACAAGCGCUAUCGCUCGGACGUUUCUCGCUGCCCUUGUUCUCACGAGUACUGCCGUGAGUGCCUGGCGAGCCUUUUUAUGGCGUCCUUGUCGGACGAAUCCUUAUUUCCUCCUCGCUGCUGCGGCCAGCCGAUUCCCCUCGAUUUUUGCCGGGCCUACCUUCCGACAAAUCUUGCCGGAGAGUUUCUGGUCAAGAAGGCAGAGAUGGAGACACCGAACAGGACAUACUGUCAUCAGCCAACAUGUUCCGUAUUCAUACCGCAGCAGUUCAUCGACGGGGAAGUGGCAACGUGUCCUCGGUGUCAGAAGACGACGUGUGUGACGUGCAAGGGUCAAUCACACGAGGGUGACUGUCCAUAUGAUGUCGCUGCUCAAGAGCUCCUCCGCGUCGCGGCCGAGAAUGGUUGGCAGCGGUGCUACUCUUGCCGCCGGGUGGUUGAGCUGGAUCACGGAUGCAACCACAUGACAUGUCGCUGCGGAGCUCAGUUCUGUUAUGCCUGCGGAUUAGUCUGGAGGACGUGCGGCUGUGAGCAGUGGAGUGAAGAACGCCUCCUUGCUCGUGCAGACGCCAUCGUUAAUCGUGACGUCGAUGCCGGGCGGCUUGACGAUGUGGAACGGGCGAACCGGCUGGAGAGGGAGCGGCAGAACUUGAUGCUGAAUCAUGAGUGCGAGCACAGGGCCUGGAGGUCACGCGGGGGUUCGCAUCAGUGCGAGGAGUGCUACAACUUCCUCCCUCUCUUCAUAUACGAAUGUGUGCAGUGUAGGAUCAUGGCAUGCAGGCGUUGCAGGUUCAACCGUCUCUGA